UUCUGAUUUCUGUCAUUUUUGUCAACAAUUGUGUUUUCCUCGGUUUUAAUUUCUUCGUUUUGUUUCGUUUUCUAAUACUCAUUAGAGAUUCAAUGUGCUACUGAAGUUACUUAAAAUGCAUUCAAAUUAGCGACUACCCGUAUUCCAUGUGUGUUUCAUAAAAGUACUCGUGUAACAAAGAUUACUAAACACAACCAACAACAUAGUUUCGAAGCCCAAAACAUUAACAACACAGGAUCAAAAUGGGUGGAAAAGCAGAAAAAGGUACACCCAAGUACAUAGCAAACAAAAUCAAGGCAAAAGGCUUGCAAAAACUGCGAUGGUAUUGCCAAAUGUGCCAAAAACAGUGUCGUGAUGAAAACGGGUUCAAAUGCCACACAAUGUCUGAAUCACAUCAAAGGCAGUUGUUGUUAUUCGCUGACAACGCUAACAAGUACAUUGACGAGUUUUCCAAAGAGUUUGCGGACGGUUAUUUAGAAUUAUUACGUCGUCAGUUUGGCACAAAACGUGUAAAUGCGAAUAAAGUGUACCAGGACUAUAUUUCUAAUAGAGAACACUUACACAUGAACGCGACACAAUGGGAGACGCUCACAGACUUUGUCAAGUGGCUCGGCAGAGAGGGCAAGUGCGUGGUUGACGAAACUGAGAAGGGAUGGUUCGUAGCGUACAUCGAUAGGGACCCGGCGACUAUCGCCGCGCAAGAGGCGAAAGCGAAAAAGGAGAAGAUGGAUAAAGAUGACCAGGAAAGAAUGUUAGAAUUUAUCCAAAAGCAAGUGGAGAGAGGAAGGAAAGAGAGGGAAGAUGAAGAGCCGAAAUACACAGAGUUCAAGAGAGAGAGCAGUCAAGAGAGACUUACUCUUAAUUUGAAUUUGAAACGGAAGAACCAAGAAAAGGCAGAACUACCAAAGUCAGCGUUACAAACCUCGAAAAUAAAACCAGAAACGUCAAGUAAAAAACAAAAAUCAGACAACAAGAGUAAUGCGUUAGAUGAAAUUAUGGAAAUGACUGAACGACAGAGAGAGAAAGCUAAUAGAAAAGACUACUGGCUAACCGAAGGAAUAAUUGUUAAAAUAAUAACCAAAUCGCUCGGUGACAAGUUCUACAAACGCAAGGCGGUUGUCGAACGAGUCAUAGACAAAUAUGGCGCUCAUGUCAAACUGACAGAUGACAAUGUCAAAUUGAAGCUUGAUCAGAAUCACGUGGAAACAGUGAUACCGUCCCCGGGCCGAGCAGUUCGAUUCGUGAACGGAGCGUAUCGAGGCCAUAUGGGAACUUUGCAACAUGUAGACACUGAACACUUCUGCUGUCAAGUUGAAGUUACGGAGGGACCUCUAAAAGGAAGACUAGUGAAAAAUGUACAAUACGAAGAUAUUAGCAAGAUAGCGUGAUAUUGAUUUUAUAUAAAUAAAUUAUUUUUUUAAAUA